AAAUCUUGAUUAGGGAGAAUUUCUCUCCAAGAGCUGCUGCACGGUGGUAUUAAUGGGAAGUGAUCGUGGACAGAGGAAAUAGGACAGAAAUAACCGAGGGUAGCACAUACGCGCUCAGGUCUGUGCACGGACUGAAAGAACCGGGGAAUUUCUCCAGAGGAAAAGGGAGAAAUUAAACAUCGACAUAAGGAGCCUGGGUGCCAGGGGCUGGCUGGGCAAGCGGGGAGCAGCCGGAUCCGAGGGCGUCUCCCGGGAAGGGCUCGCAGGUGAGAGGGAAGCGCCGAGGACGAGGACGGCCGGGGUGAAGAGCCGGGAGGAGAGGAGAUCUCAGCCCGCUCCCCCAGACCCCCUGUGAGCUCUGGGUGACCCCCGGAGCUGCCCCCCAUGCUCUGCGGACACAUGCCCGGCGGUGCCCAUGGGAUCCUGUCUCUGCUGACCGUGGUGUUCGUCCUGCCGGAGGCGUCCGGACUCCAGUGCUAUGGCUGCAACAUCGUGGUUGGCACCAAAAACGUGGACAUGGGGUGCUCCAAGCCCGAGGUGAUCACCUGCUCCCAGUCCCACCAGGGCUUCAAGCAUCGGUUCUGCAUUAAAACAGAGAGCGUUGUCCUGGGCAUCGUGCUGACCAGCGGCUGUGCCACCUCCCGCCACUGCCAGCAGCAGGAGCUGCCGGGGGUCCGCAUCCACUGCUGCGACACCGACCUGUGCAACUCCUCCCCCGGAGCCCCCCGGCCGCCCCCCGGCCGCCUCCUGCUGCCCUGCAUCCUCGCUGCCCUGCUCCUCUCCUGAGCCCCCCGAACGGUGCGGGCUGCUGGAGGGAUGGGUGCCGGCAGCAGGGGCGUCCCCAUGGCCGCACCCGCGGGCGGGCGGGACCCCCCUCCUCUCCCCUCUCCUCAAUAAAAUGUGCCCAGCGCUCUGCCCCGGGACGGUCUCGGUGAUGCCCGGGGCGGGGAUGCUCGGGGGGUACCC